AUGAAUGUCACAGAAGUAUUGGAUAAUAAUAGUACAAUAAGUAUAGAGAAAGCAGGUACCGAUUUAUAUCUUGUCAUCUUACCAAUAAUUGUUAUUUUUGGCUUAUGCGGUAAUGUCGUAUCAUUGGUUACAAUCUUUCAUUCACGGCUACGAACA